UGCCUGCUGAGUCGAUUGUGCUGUCACAGGAUUUCUUGUGCUCUCUCUGGUCUAUUCUGUGUGUCACUGUGCUUUCUCUCUUGUGUAACGGGAGUGCAGUGUGGACGUGGCGUCCCUGUGUGUAUGCGCAUAUGGCAUGUAAUGGCUCCUACACAGUGGUUAUCUUCCCUCUGCAGAACAGUCUGUACAGCUCGGACGCCCUGCGAUUCUUCCAAUGGCUGAAGAAACUGCAUGCUCUAGAAAGAGAGAAGGACAGUCUAUGGAUUGGACUGCAGGUCCUGGAACGGGCUCGGUUCUGGUAUCAACAGCAGCUCGAUCAAAACUCCCAGAGAAAUGCAAGGAUUGGCACAAGAGAACAUGACGAGCAAGAAGAUGGCUGGUCAUGUGCAUUGCGCUCCUCUAUGCAGCGUGUGAACGGAAGUCUGGGAAGUUUGCUGAACAAUGCAUAUGUGUGUAGAGCAGCACCAGAUGACAAGGACGGCUCAGACUGGUGUCUGCGCUGGUCAAAUGCUAUACUCACCCAGGAAGUGAGUCAAAAGAAUGACAGGAUUUCUAUGUUGGAGUUUGAGAAAGAAAUGCUCAUUCAACAACAGGAUGGAAUACACUACUUCUGAGGCCACAUGCAUGUACACACCCACACCCACACCCACACCCACACACACACACACACACACUGCUCCAUCUAUAUCAUUGUGAAAUGAUUUGUGAAUAGUCUUACUGACUUACUGUAGCUUUUUGUAUAUAUAUUUAAUUACACAUAAGAGUACACUUGUCACUUAAUAUGAUAUUGUUUGGUGUGUAUGGUGUCCCUCAACUACAAAUGUAAGUUGUGAAUUUUUAUGGUUGUUCAGACUUUAUUAAAUCAACUGUUUGAUCUUUCCUUGGGAAAAAGAUUACCCAUUUUUAAAACUUAUAUAGGAACCUUACUAUUUCUUUUUUUAAUUAUAUAUUUUUUGUCAUAAUAUAACUUUAUAUGCUUGGCAUAUUUAUACCAUAAAAUAUUUAAACAUGAAAAAAGGACAAAGCCCAAUUCAUAUGAAAUAUUUCACAGUCCAUAUCUGGGUCAUAGUGAAAGGAGAUUAAAAUAAAAUGAGGCCAACUGAAUUAUAACACAAAAAUCACAAACAAACAAGCAACAAUAAACCAACAAAACAACUGCUGAUAUCCCCAAGCAUGACUGUUCCCUAAAAACAUAGACAAAUUACAGUUUGGUCAAUUUAAAUAAUUUUCUUCUCUGUCUCGGCUGCCUACAGUUAGUAUAAUCUCUGAAAUGUAUAUUAAUUUAAGUAGUGAAGGGAACACAAGUGUUGUAUAAAACUCUUAAGCUUCUGCACUGCAACCCUUCAGCUUCACACUAGAGUGCACCAGAGUAUAUAAAAGAAAAGAAGCUACAGCACUUUCAACACAUACAUACAAUGUGCUGUAAUUAUGUUUUAUAUAGUUUAACAUUUUAUUCCAGUUUCCAAUUCUGCUGCAAGUACAUCCAUUAACUUUGCUGCAAUAUCAUAUAUGAAAAAAUGAAAAUUUAUUUCUCAUCACUUUUCACAUGUACCGGUCUGUUCUAUAGCUGCCCUGUUCUACAGUUUAAUGAAGUUAUUUAUUUACAGAAAAAAAUAGACUGUACAGACUAAAAAAAAUU